AUGGCGGCCCAACGGUUGAAAGACAUGUUGGGAUUUCUCACGGCUCUGGAGAAGUCUGGUUUCAAUCCAGCUGCUCAUGAUGGAGUCAAAGACACCCAGCAAAAAAUGUUGCAUGGGUGUUUGUUGGACCUGCAGCAAGCCCCGAGCAUCGCAAUUCAGGAAGCCACACAGAUGCUACAAGAUGUGCAGUCUGCCAGCAUUCCUGAUUGGAUGAAGGAGGAGAUCAUCAAAGGCGGGCAGGAAAAGGUUUCAAGCACCGCUGAAGAACAGAAAGGUCCACCAGAAGAGCUGCUGGUUGAUGGCUUCAAGACUUUCUCACUCCUUGCAGAUUUCAAGUGCCCAGUCAAGAGCUUUACCAAGAAGAUGAAACGGAGUGAUCUGCUGGUUUACCCAGCGAAUCCCCAAGACAUGCCAGAGGCGCUUUUUAAAGCAGCGUACGCCCCUGGCGAACCACCUGUUGAGUGCCCCAUGGAUUGCGGCGCGCUUGCGGUGUUGUGCGAGGACUUGCCAGCUAGAAAGAGCAAUGUGAAGGUUUCAGGUGCACGAGUACGCGCCAGCUUUCGCCGAGAUGAUCCCAUCACUGGCAUGCUGGGAGCACAAAAUCUUUUGGAACAACUUGCCAGCUUGAUGAAUGGACAGCCCCGUCAACUACCCUUGACCAUGCUGGGGCCGAGGAAAAGAAACCUAUUGGCCAUUGGCAAUGAAGGUGGCCAAGACCCGGGCCAAGAGCCUGCAGCAAAGGGUAGCCCUACUCCAGAGCCAUCCCCAGCAAGAACGCCCUUGGCCCUGCCAGCUCCACCAACUGAGCAAAAGCCAGUGGCCGAGGUCAAGGAUGUGGAUGAAAUGGCUGAGCUCCUCACCCAACAGCUUACCCACAACAAAAGCAAUGCUGCAAAACGACCUUCAGAGCAUGCUGAAGAAGAACCCAACAAA